AUGUCAGUGCACCUGUUGUGUGUUGGAUCCUUUUAAAUAGCUCAAACCACAGGGUUCCUCAAUUUCUGAAAUUCCUUACCCCUUUUUCUUCUUUCCAGUUCUCACUGCUCAAGAUCAAGCAACAGAGAAACAGUAGUAGAAGAAGGGAGCUUUGGAAGGUUAACUAUCCUCAGUGAGCCAGCAACAACCUAAUACACAGUAUUAAGAUGUUUUUCGAUGGAUAUGGGUAUCAUGGGACCUCAUUUGAGCAGACAUAUCGAUGUUACCCUGCAUCAUUUAUUGAAAAGCCACAACUUGAGAGUGGGGAUAAAAUUAUAAUGCCUCCCUCAGCCCUUGACCGUCUUGCGUCUCUACAUAUUGAUUAUCCAAUGCUGUUUGAGCUUCGGAAUGACCCCGCAGAGAGGGUCUCUCACUGUGGUGUGUUAGAGUUUAUUGCAGAGGAAGGCAUGAUCUAUAUGCCUUACUGGAUGAUGGAAAAUAUGCUCUUACAAGAGGGAGACUUUGUGCGUGUGAAGAAUGUGACUCUUCCGAAGGGGACAUAUGUUAAACUGCAACCCCAUACAAAGGACUUUCUGGACAUUUCUAACCCAAAAGCUAUUUUAGAGACAACGCUAAGAAAUUUUUCCUGUUUAUCGACUGGAGAUAGUAUUAUGGUGGCAUAUAACAACAGGAAAUAUUACAUAGAUAUCGUAGAAACAAAGCCAGAUAAUGCCAUAAGUAUCAUUGAGACAGACUGUGAAGUGGACUUUGCCCCACCAUUGGAUUACAAGGAACCUGAAAAGCCUGUUCAACAUGUUCCUUUAAACAAGGCAUCUGCUCAAGCUGAAGAGGCCCCUGCUGAAGCAGAACCUAAAUUCAACCCUUUUACCGGGUCAGCAAGGCGCUUGGAUGGGAAACCUUUGAAGAACCAACCUACAUCAGCUUCUUCUUCAGGGUCAAAAGACAAGCAUCCUGAUGUUGCCCAUGGUAAGGCACAGCCUUCCACAGGGUCUAGUUCUCAAGCUACUGCUCGCCAAUCUCAAGGAAAGCUUGUUUUUGGAGCUAAUCGUACACCUGCCCAGAAGGAAGCUCCCAAAGAAACGAAAAAACCAGAGCCCGAGCCCGAGAAGAAAGAAGAGCCUAAAUUCCAGCCUUUCACAGGAAAGAAGUACUCAUUAAGGGGCUAAUUCAGACAUGAAAAAAGUAUAAACAAACAAUCAAUGAUACCUGUCAUCCCUUGAUUAGAACAUAGUUAUGUAUUUAUUCUGUCAUUGUAUAAUCAAAAGAUGAAACAGUCAGUAGGUGGUUUCAUACGAAGACUAGAUUACACUCUAGUUCAACUGUUAUCGGUCUGCCUUUGCCCUCUUAAGUCGUACGAGUUUUACAAUGAUUUUCCUCAUUAAAUUGCAUUUAUUGAACAUACUAUAACUUGAUCAAAACAUGAAAUGCUCUCUUGGUUAUGGCGUCAUACUAUCUCAAAAUAUCAUUAUGAUGUUUAAACUA